CCAAGGAUGGAGUAGGUGGUGAGGAUGACUGUGUGUGAGAGUGAGGAGAACCGAAGGAAGGCUGCCUGGUUAGUGCCUGGGUACAUCCUUCUAGCCUGGUUCCUCUGUGUCGUCUUCCAACCUCUUGGUUUCACUAAUGUGCCCGGUAAAGGGAAUAAUAACGAUCUCAACGAUGAGAGCUUGUAUGAUAUCAUCAACCUACAGGACGAUCCCCAGUGGAAGAGUCGGUGUGAGUCUGGGGAACGACAGAGAGUCAUUCUAACUGCAGGACCAGGAAGUGGGUUAAUUCUCCGUCUUACCGGUCAGAACUACUACAGGUAUGAGGAGUAUAACUGUAGCCUGGAGGUGGUUGCAGGGACGGAUAUGGACGGAGUUACAGCUGUGGUGGAGCACCUAGAUCUCAGGGGAGAGGAACCUGAACAAUGGAGAGAUCACGAGUGUCCGGACUUCAUAGAUAUCAGGUCGGAGCAAUCAAUGGUUCGGAAACCUCUCUGUGGACAAUGGGAUGUGGAGCGAGAUCAUCAUCUCCGACUCUCUGGGGUUGAGAAGAAUAUUAUUGGAUACUGUGUCGAGGACAGGAGCGGGCACAGUUGUGAGACGAAGAGAAUCCUAGUUGAUGUUUCAGUGGAGCAUAACAAAACCCUCUCAGACUCCUUCCCCUCCUUGAGAAAAUCCGACCGGCACGGUUUCACCAUCAUAUUUACCGCCUGGAGACAUGCAGAUACCACUGGGUCUUGUGAGGACUCGGAGAUGGUUUGCCCAAACUCAGAUGGCGGAGUUCAUGCAGAGAGGAACCACUGUAUAUGGCAGAAGAUGAUGUGCGAUGGACACCAGAACUGUGGGUUUCUCGUCAACAAGGACGAAUGGGGUUGCAGGCUUGGUAGAGAAACACCUUGGUCUGUAGGAACCAUCACUGUUCUUGUCGCAAUUUGGAUUGCAAUAGUUACUGUUCUCAUGCUUGCAACAGUGUUCCUCCUUCAAUGGAAUCGAAUCAGUUUCCGCACCCCCCUGGAUAUGCUGGCUGAAAGUCGACAAGACCACAGCCGUGGCGGUAGUCCACCGGUCACGGAACGGCUUCAGGGGGGGCACGUCAUGAGUACUGCCUCAGCUCCUGAUCCUAGAACCGGUGGUAUGGUUAGUAUUAUGGUCAUGUACCGUCCUCCAAAUGCCGGCGGUCAGGCUGGUAAAACGGUUGAUCUACCACCGACUUAUGAAAGUCUUUAUCUCGGAGAAAGUCCUCCAGGAUACAAUAUGCUGACGGUGAAUAUCCCUAGUGCUGACCAGGUACCAGGGUCAGGUCUUAGUUCCAGACACGAAACCAUGGAGUCUCUCUCCCUCCAGAAUAUUGAAAUCACGGAGAAUAACACCGCCGUGUCUCCGGAUAGGGUUCAGAGUAACCUAACCCACGCUAUCGGAAUCCUGAGACGGGUUGCAUCAGCUCAGAAUACCCAGAUUGAAGUUCGGGCUGAUUCUACUCCAACAGAAACUGUCGUUGAUAUUAUCCCUCGGUCUGAACCCGACCCAACAGAAUCUCAGGGACUCAACUCAGAGCUCCUCAAGGAAACAAUAAUCUCUCCUGUUCAAGAAAUCUCAGUUUAACUUCUAGAUAAAAUAUGUAAAAUGUAGAUUAUAUCACCAGAGAUUCAGAAACAGUAUAUAAUACUCGUCUAGAAGAAUAUUUUAGAUUCAAACCAUUAUUAUCUCUGUAUCAUAAUAAAGUUAUUUAGAGAAACUUGA